CACAAAAGUAAAAUUUGCCUUUGUGAGAACGACCAGCAGCGGAAGAAGACGAAGCGACACGAUGAGCCACAACAACAACGUGCAUGAGGAUGGAACGAUUGGAGCCAACGUCGAAGAGCAAGAGAUGCAGCAGCAACAGCAACAGCAGGAGCAGCAAGAUCGGGAACAGCAGCAGCAAGGAGGAAUGGACAGUGAUCCGGCUGAAAGUGCAGACGGGAUUCCACCACCGAAACGGCCUCACAUGCAGGCUGAAGGAGCACAGGAAGCAGGCUUGAGCAGCGAAUGCGAACAGGACCACGGGCCUGAGGGCAACACAGAUGCCCUAGAUGAUGGCAAUGGCCACGUUGUUGGGGACCAGAACGAUGACGGCGAGGAACCGGACGAGGAGGAGGAACUGGGCGACGAGGAGGAGGAGGAGGAGGAGGACACCAGGUUGCACCCAAUUGACGUGGAACUGAUGAACAAGUGGUUCGUGCGCUAUCGCCAGCGCGGCGGUACUGCAGACCGCAUCAUCGAGUACCUCAAGAUGAGCUUCGCCUUUGAGGUUCCUCAAACAGAAGACGAGAAGUGGCAGCUCAUCGCCCACGUUGCUGCUACCAUCCUUGGCAAUCGCCUUCCGCGUCGCAUCUCGUAUCUGACGGUGGAGGAGCUGCUGAAGAUGUCUGAGCGGAUUGUCGUUAUCGUCGGCGCUGGCGUGUCGACAUCGAGCGGAAUUCCGGACUUUCGGUCCGAGAAGACCGGCCUGUACGCCCGCCUGAAGAAGGAGUACCCAACACUCCCGCGCCCAGAGUCGAUGUUUGACAUGGACUACUUCCUCUACGACCCGUAUCCGUUCUUUGAGUUUGCACGGGAGCUGUUCCCAGGCAACUUCCAGCCCACCCCGAGCCACCACUUCAUCCAUAGGCUCGAGGCUGCCGGCAAGCUGCAGAGGUGCUAUACGCAGAACAUCGACACGCUGGAGACCGCUGUUGGCAUCAAGCGCCUCCUGCAGUGCCACGGGUCGUUCGCCACAGCGUCGUGCAUUGUCUGCGGCCAUAAAGUCGACGGCGAACACAUCCGCAGCGCCGUCUUUGCUGGGGAGAUACCGCUGUGUCCCGUGUGCCCGCCGCCCAGCCGGCCCCUUCGCGAAAUAGUGGACGAAACAUCCAAAUUCCUCAAUCUGAAGCACAGACAGUACAUGGUUACGUCAGGGAGCAGCAGCGGCGACGAUGACAGCGAAGAUGGCAGCGAUGAUGACGGUGAUGUUGUCAGUGAAGAAGGGACAGGGAGCACACCAACAACAGGUGCCGGCGUGACUGCGAGUGGAGGUGGAGGUGGAGGUGGUGAUGGGAGUGGCAGCACGGCAGUGAUGCAAACGCAGGAGGGAGGCGGCAGUGUGGUGGAUGCGGCGCCGGCCAACGCUGGUGCCGUUUUGCAACAGGCAGUUGGUGGCGACAGGAGAGAACAGCAGCAGCAACAUCAGCAGCAAGGGGUGCCGCAACAAGAGCAGCAACAACACCAACAGGCACAAGAACAACAGCAAGAACAGCCACAGCAAUCCUCCGCUGCCACUGCAACCACUGCAACCACUGCAACGGCACCACUGAACAACAGUGUGCAUGCGCACCGCCAAGGCAUGGACAGUAUUUCGUUGUCGAUGCCGCCCUUUUCGAAUCUGCGCGACAGGCGCGUCCCCAUUCUCAAACCGGACAUUGUGUUCUUUCACGAAGGGCUACCCUCCACGUUUUACGACAAUCUGGAGCCGGAUCUAAACGCCUGCGACCUCAUCCUCGUCAUGGGAUCAUCCCUCCAGGUUGGCCCCGUGAACAUGCUGCCGAAGGUGUUUGACGGACCAAAACUACUCAUGAACCGCGAGCCCGUACACACGCACGAGUUCACGGCGGAGUUGCUUGGCAACUGCGACGACGUGUGCCGGCAGCUGGCGCUGUGCAUGGGACUUGGCGACUUGCCACCCGGUCCACGGGACAGCAUCGAUGGCGUUGAUGGUGAUGGUGAUGGUGCUGGUGAUGGUGCUGGUGCUGGUGCUGGUGAUGGUGAUGGUGAUGGUGAUGGUGAUGGUGAUGGUGAUGGUGAUGGGAGUGUGGAUGGUGGAGUGAAGGAGGGGGAGACAAAGAAGGAAGAGGAAAAGCAGAAGGAGGAGAAGAAGGGGGAUGGGAAAGCGCAAGAUGGCGUGCGGAACGACAGUGAAAACCGUGAUGAUGAUGAUGAUGGCGAUGAUGGCAAUGAUGAUGAGGAUGACGAGGACGAGGUGACGUCCAUGGUUCGCGAGUUUGCGCUUCGCAGCGAACCGGCUCUCAACUCCACCGGCGCCGCCAUCGCCCACCACCACCCGCACAGGUUUGUGUUCUCGCCCCUGUGUCGUCGGUUUCUCCCUGCCGCCGCCCGCCGCGACUUCCUCCCGUUUCCAAUCAUGCGUACAGACGCGUGGCUCAGGCAGCCAACACCGACAGCGACAACAGCAGCAGCCAGCAAAGCCAACGAUAGCUGA